AUGACAGUUACUAGCUUCGAUGGCAAUGUCACCAAUGAGGAACUUCAGUCUUUCAACAAGUACAUUUCUGACCUGCAGCCGGCAACAGACAACAUUGGCAACAACUGGGCACAGGGUCACAGUGGCGAAGAAACAAAAGCAAUGGGCUUAGUCUAUCAGAUAGCCGGCCAACAGAAGACACUCAAUAACAUGCUGCGAUAUUGUGACGCAGUACUUUCUGAGCGAAACGACCUUGCACCGGCACCAGUCGGGCAAUAUAAGAUCUGGACGGGAGAUAUUGCGCCUGUUUGGCCUAAUGAUGUGUCAGGGGAUACAAUCCAGACAGGCGGCGAGCAAGGUGACCCUGUAGGCCAUCUAGCCAAUUGCGCAAAUCUGAUUCUCCAAAACCAAACGCUAUACAACCAGACUGUCACAAUUGGUGAUCCACAUCACUACGGCCCGACAUACUUGGAGCGAGCCAAGACAUAUGUUAAACAGGCAGACAAAGCUAUGUCAGGGCACAUCCUGUCGCGACUACUCGAUCUUUCCGACGGCAAUAAAAUGUAUUUCGCCAAGGAUUCGCCUUACAAGGGAGGCGGCGCCGUGCCUUGGAACCAACAGAUGAUGUUCAACUACGGCUUCCAGAAUCUCGUCGCUGCUCACUCCAUUUUGGGCGAUAAUCCGAACGGCUUGGUCACCAAGUACAAGGCUAUUAUGGCUGCCAAUUUAAAAUGGUUCUUUACCGGCGGUGGGUCACAGUCCAAGAAAAGCAAAAAUGGUAACCCCGUAUAUGUCUGGGACUACGCAAUGGACACCGGAAUCGAGGAUUCAAACCAUGCGUCGCUUGACGUGGCAGGCUUCUACCGGGCCUUUGCGGAUGGCCACUGGAACAUUACCUCCACUGAAAUGAAACCAUUCGCCAAUGUUCUUGUGGACGUUAUGACGCUCGGAAAAGGAAAAUAUGCGGGAACUGUAGAUGGCAAGUGUGGAAGCGGCCACGGUGAUUGCACGGACUACAUUCGAAGUGGUUUCUUGCUCCUCUCCGAGUUUCAGCCAGAUCAGUAUAAGACCAUCAUGGGGGCUGACUUGAAAGAAGGUGGCACUACGGGUAAAAUUGAUAUCUUUUCGAGGUUUUUAUGGGCGAAAGAUAGGAGGGCUAAUGGGCAUUAA